GUGGUACGCAUAAAAAAUGUGAACCGAUAUGAUUCAAAUUUCGUUGAUAAUUUUAAAUUUACUGUACAAAAUUUGGAAGCUUCUUUGUGAAAUGUUUAAAUCUAUGUUAUCUGAAUUUGUGCUAGAAUCAAUAAUUGUUGAUAUUAUAUAUAUAAGUUUGUGGUUAAGGAAAACAGCUAUUCACGUCCAACGAUCAGGAUAUUCGCGAUAGUAACAACAUUAUCUUGAAAUAAAAAUGAUGAUUUUCUACAUCUUGAUCCAACCGAAGCUUUGUAUCCCCUGUCUUAUAGAUUGGUAAAAUAUCUGCUCGAUAUGGACCACAGCCUGAUGGCCUGAAGCACAGUUUAAACCACAGUAUUGCAAAGAAUGGUUAUGCUACCCCACCGACGGUAUAAUGGUGACGCAAUCAAACAAUAGCGCUGAUAACGGUCAGAUUCAUAAAAUAAAUUUGUUGCCUUUGCUCAAGUGAUACUGCCGUUGGUGUCACUGUCCGUUGCUGCCACAAGUGUUUCGCUACUUUCCGUGUGCUGCGGUCGCAAACGUCUUCAGGCUAUGGAUUUCUACCAUCUUCCACUUUCGGCUCCGUGCCAGUCCGUUCGAUUAGUAGCUAAAGCCCUGGGUAUUCAUUUGAAUCUGAAGGAGCUUGAUCUGUUGAAAGGAGAGCAUCUGAAACCAGAAUUCGUGAAGAUUAACCCGCAACACACCAUCCCGACGCUUGUCGAUAAUGACUUUGUGCUGUGGGAAUCGCGAGCGAUCUCAACGUACCUGUGUGAAAAGUAUGGCAAAAACGAUGGUCUCUAUCCGAAGGAUCCGAAAAAGCGCGCCUUAGUGAACCAGCGUUUGUACUUCGACAUGGGGACACUGUUUCACCGAUUCUCGAAAGCCUACUUUCCGGUCAUGGUGCAAGGCAAUGAACUGAAUCCCGAUGAUGUUGUGAAGCUAGACGAGGCACUUGAGUUUUUGGAAGUUUUCCUCGACAAGACCGCCUUCGCUGCGGGUGAUAAGCUAACGGUGGCCGACUUGAGCUUACUGGCAACCAUCACAACCAUCGAUGUGACUGCCGGACAUGACCUUAGCAAGUACCCAAACAUAGAACGUUGGUACGCCCACCUGAAGGAAUCCGUAGUGGGAUACCAUGAAAUUUGCGUUGAAGGUGCCAACAUAUUCCGACAAGCAUUCAAACCAAUCCGCAAGUAAUCGUUUAGCACAUAACGUUGGUGGCAUGAUAAAAUCUGUGAAUCGAGAAUUAGUAUGUUUCACUGAUGUAAAGUCCCUUGCACGGACCGGCUGUGUCUCUACAGUGUCUCUACCAUCCGAACAGUUUGUCCAUUCGACUUCAUGAGCCUGGUGAAAUAGAGGAAACAAGCGAGAAAAGAAAAAAUUACACCACUGGACACAUCACUGUAUAUGUCUCAAGCCGACUCGAGUUCCGAUGGGGACUGUACCAUAACGUUAUGGGAACUUUACCAUCACGAGUACUAUCACAAUGACGUAAAUUGACUGACCAGCGCCACUGUACCUUCGGCAAGGCAUCUAUUCCAACUGGAUCGUAUAUGUUCGUUUGCUUGAGGUUUAGUUUAAUUCCUACUUUCUUGGCAACCAGCAUAACACAUUGGCUGGGUGGUGAAAUAAUACUAAAGUAGUAUGUGUCUAAAUAUCCAUUAACUACAAUUCUUAACAAACCACUGUGAAGGGGGCAAUGUUUUCAUGAGAUUUUAUAGCUUUACGUAGCACAGAUGACAAUGAGAUUAACCUGUUUUUUAAACCAAACAGCUAAGUACAAUACAUUGGGAUAGUUACAUUACUUACUUUCACCGUAUAUAUUAUUCGUUCACAAACAUAUUGUGAACAAAAACUUUCCAUUUUCUACUACCAAGCAACGUUCGUUAUCCUAAUCUAAACCAGUGUACUGCCAGCUAAAGAAAUAUAACAACUGAAUGUAAUCGCUAAAUAUGAAUUAUUACCCGUGAUUGGUUUAUGAGAAAAUUGUGCUAGAGUGGUUCAUCUUCAUUUUAUAGAUAAUUUAUUCAGCAAAAUGGAUUGUAGUCAAAAGACUAACCAGCUUGACGUAUACUGUGGACAGCUUUUCAUUGGUGUUGAAAUAAAUUUGCACAUUUGAUACCGUAAAGUUUAUCGGUUUAACGAUCAGACAAACAGUUUAACAGAUAAAUACACAAACAAACAAAAAGACUACGGAACGCAAACGCAGACAAAACAAAUACAAGACCACAGACAACAGACAGGACCAAGACAAGCCUCAGGAACUGAAUGGACAAAGCAACCGGCACGGAGGAGGCAGCGGCGCUUGGCACGAGACAGCAGCAGCAACAGCCGGAGCACCAGCAGCAACCAAAUCGGCCAAAGCAGCGCAACCUGGGGCAGAGCUCACAGCAGUCAACG